AUGCGAUCCGUUGCCGGCAUUCCGUUGAUCCUGUCGCUGAUCAUCUUCCUCGUUCUCACACCCACGGCACUCGCAACCCCGCUGUCCCUGGAGGAACAGGAAGGAAGCACUCUUGAAGCGCGAGGAUGCUCCAACCCAUGCGGCUUCUAUAGCCAGCUGUGCUGCGCGUCCGGCGAGACUUGCACCACGACAGACAACGGUCAGGCCAAAUGCGUCUCUGGCUCAAGCGGUAGCAGCGGCGGCAGCAGCGAUAGCUGGGAGUACUUUACAACCACUUAUGUCGUCACCGAAACCGACAAAUCCACCAUCACUUCCGUCUGGAGUAGUCGCGCUCAUGCUGCGACUGGCUCGUCCUCAGGGACUUGCCGUGUCGAUCUGGGCGAGUCCAAGUGCGGCAGCACCUGCUGCGACGCAGCACAAGAAUGCCAGGACGGCGAGUGUGUCGCCGAAAGCUCUUCCGCUGCCAUAACGGGCGCGGAGGCCACAGGAGAGGCGACUCCUGGCGUACGAGGAACGAGCAGCGGGGCAGCUACAGUGACGCAGACCUCAGCACCCACCACCACCGAGGGAUUCAUCGCGCCAGUGGGAACAAAUGGGGCCGAUCUGUUUGGAGCGAAGGCCGCUUCAAGUGGAGGUGGUUUGAGUGGCGGAGCGAUUGCAGGUAUUGUGAUUGGUACAAUUGCAGGUGUCAUCCUACUGCUGCUCCUCUGUGGUUGCUUGUGUUUCAAGGGCGCACUGGAUGGUCUUCUGGCCGCUUUGGGGAUCAAGAAACGCCGCAGAAACGAGACGACUUAUGUUGAAGAGCGCUACUCUCACCACUCGGGCAGCCGGCCUCGUCCUCGACCUGCGGGUGGUAGAACUUGGUUCGGCACGAGACCUGCGGCCUCGGACAGCGAAAUCAGCGAGAAGAAGAAGUCCAAGUGGAGUGGCUGGGGCACAGUUGCAAUUGUACUGGGCGCUCUUGCUCUUUGCUUGGGAUUGAAGAGACACAAAGACAGAGAGCACGACGACGACGGAUCUUCCUACACCUAUCCGAGUAGUUAUUCCUACUACACCUACGACACAUACACAGGCAGUAAGUUCCCCUACCUCACCUGCGCAGAUUCAUGCGACAAAUGA